CACCCUUUAAAAGCGUGUUAUGUUUUAACAGCAGGAUUAUUUAAUUUUUUGUAAAUAAAUUUGUAUCAAUGCAUGGGAAGUGGUCAGUCUAAUUGACUAAAUUUUUUUCCAGGUGAUUAUCGUACCUCACAGCCACAACGACCCCGGCUGGCUGAAGACCUUCGAACACUACUUCCGGUACAGCUCCUUACCUAUCAUGAACAACAUGGUGGGCAAACUACAGCAGUACCGGAAUUUGACUUUCAUCUGGUCCGAAGCUGCCUUUUUAGCAGCCUGGUGGGAAGAGGCUCACCCUAGCAAACAGAGAGCGCUCCGGGAACUGGUGCGUUCUGGACGAUUGGAGAUCACCACGGGGGGAUGGGUGAUGACCGAUGAGGCUAAUGUGCAUUUAUAUGCUAUGGUAGAUCAACUCAUCGAAGGUCACCAAUGGUUGUGGUCAAAUCUUGGAAUCCGACCUGUAUCAGGUUGGUCUGUAGACCCUUUUGGGCAUGGUAGUACAGUGCCGUACCUUCUGGCAUCGUCAGGAAUAAACGGUACUGUUAUACAGAGGAUCCACUAUGCUUGGAAACAGUGGUUGGCUCUCAAACAGUAUGGUGACUUUCGAUGGACCCCAGCGUGGUCACCAUCCGCACCCUCAGCAACGCUCCUAACUCACAACCAGCCCUUCGACAUCUACUCGAUUAAACACAGUUGUGGUCCCCAGCCGUACGUCUGCCUCAACUUCGACUUCCGCAAAGUGCAAGGGGAGUACACGGAGUACUCACUGAAGGCACAGCCUGUCACUGACAAGAACGUUAAAGAAAAGGCCGAGUUGUUACUCGAACAGUACUACAAGACCGGAUCGUUGUUUCCGCAUAAUGUCGUACUUAUGCCUUUAGGUGAUGACUUCCGUUAUAAUAUUAGAGAAGAAUGGGACCAACAAUACCUAAAUUAUAUAAAACUCAUCGACUAUAUCAAUGCCCACAAAGGAGAAUAUAAGGCAGAAGUGAUGUUUGGUACUCCAUCUACAUAUUUUCAGGAAAUAGUGAAACGAUACUCACAAUACCCAACGCUAAAAGGUGACUUUUUCGUCUACUCUGACAUUUUCACAGAAGGUCGACCUGCUUAUUGGUCGGGAUAUUUCACAACUCGGCCCUUUAUGAAACUGUUAGACCGAGAACUAGAGGCAAAUCUGAGAUCAGCUGAAAUACUGUAUACAGUCGCUUUGAACAGUGCUAAACAGAAUCGGUUAACUUCCUAUUUGAAGGUUUUGGAGCGGGAUUUUGAGAAACUUGUGAAGGCGAGGAGAAAUUUAGCAUUGUUCCAACAUCACGACGCAAUCACAGGUACUUCCAAAUCGUUCGUAAUGCGCGACUAUGGCCUUAAAUUGUUCGAGGGUAUCCGAGAUGCCACCUCGGUACAACAGAACUGCAUCCAAAGCUUCUUGUUCCCUAAUGUUCCUAUAAAACCGGAUCACAAUCUGGUACUCAGUGAUAUUGAAAGGGAGAGCUACGAGAAAGUUCCUAGAAAAACGGUUGUACAGGUUGGCCCAAUGGGAGUGAAUCAUACAAGGAAGAUAGUACUUUUUAAUCCACAUACAAAACCUACCGAACACCUGGUGCAGCUUAGAGUUAACACAAGUAAUGUGAAAAUAACAGAUAGUGAUGGAAAUGACGUACUGUUUCAAGUUAAUCCUCUGUUAGACAUAACAGAAAAUGAUAAGAUGUGGAUAGCAGCCGACGAAUUUGAAGUGAUUUUCAUAGCGAAGUUACCAGAGCUUUCAAUCACAGCCUUUAAUUUAAUAUAUACGACUGAUAAUAACGAUAAACUAGCAACUAUCUAUUGUAAGAAAUGUCAACGGAAAACGACAAUAAUCACCCAGGGUGAUGUGAAAAACCGCCAAGUGCUCAGGGCGAAUUUCAAAAUCAAAGAUAUUCCACCUGGUGACAUCCAGUUAGAAAACAGCAAAUUUAAGAUCCUGUUCAACGGCAACACGGGCUUCAUGAAGACUAUCACAAGGAAACACAAUCCGAAAAUAAUGCAGUGCGGAAUACAGUUUGCAGCUUAUAGAAGUGCCCAGUUUCAUUCAGGUGCCUACCUGUUCAUGCCUGAUCCUAACGAAAGGGAUUACGAAAAGGAUGUCCUUCAGCAGUAUAAGGAUCAAAAGACAAUAAUGAUCAUUACAGGUCCUGUCUCCACGGAAAUAACUGUAAUGUACGGCCCCUUUUUGAUGCACACUGUUUCUGUGUAUCUCACAGAAAACUCGACAUUAUCCGAUUUGAUAGCAAUAGAAAACAUCGUGGAUUUCGAAAGCCCACCAAAGAACCGUGAGACUGAACUAUUCAUGCGUAUCGUGUCUGAUGUCCAAAAUGGAGAACCGCCUGAGUUCUACUCGGACCUGAACGGGUUCAGUAUGCAGAAACGAGUGAAGGUGGAACGGAUUGGCGUGGAAGGUAACUAUUUCCCCAUUACUUCCAUGGCAUAUAUCGAAGACCAAAACGUAAGGCUUAGUUUGUUGACAAAUCACGCACAAGGAGCUUCCAGUUGGCAGCCGGGAUAUCUUGAGGUUAUGUUGGAUAGAAGGACACUCUACGAUGAUGCUAGAGGUAUGGGUGAGGGCCUGGUAGAUAACCGUCGCACAGUCAGCAAAUACUUCCUCCUAAUAGAAGACAUCUCUCCAAGCAAACCCAACGCUGCCUGGCAAAAUAAACGUUUCAAUUCUAUCGACGACACUUACGAAAAAGACGAAGUCGUACGCGCCUUCAACGUUCCCACCGAAAACCAACACGCCAUCAAACAGGCUUUUUCACGUCCGUCACUCUACGCCAAUCACAUGUCAAACGUUCUCAACUACCCGACCAGCAUCUUCAUCGUGGACACCGAUCAUCAGAUAAAUAUAAAUCGAUCUGUGAAACUGUUGAACAAACAGUUUCCAUGCGAUAUGCAUCUGUUGAAUCUGCGCACCCAACCUGACGCUGUGUAUUCUCAAUUUCCUUCUUCCAGUGCUCUUAUGGUUCUGCAUAGGCAGGGUUACGACUGCGUGGUGCAUUCAAAUUACACCUGCAGUGUUGCCAAGUUUGAUAAGAGUACGAACUUUGAAUUGGUGACUGUUAGGGAUAUAGAGGUGAAAUCGUUGACUGGCAUAGAUACUUUUGGGGCUUUACGGGGGUUAGGGGAUGUUUAUAUUGAGCCGAUGUCUUUGAAAACGUUCAAUGUUACGUUUGGUUGAACAAAAUGAUAGUGAACUAGUAAUAUAGCUAUCGUCCGUCCGACCACAGACGAUUAACCAGGGUCAGGUGUUUCGUGCUUUUUAGCAACCUAUCAUCAUGGUCUAGACUUGGUCUUAGGUAGGACUUCAAACGAAAACCGGGCAACUAUCCUCUAUCCAGGAUAUAAGGCCUAUCGAAAUAAGACAGAACAAAGUGCUAUCUCUUACUAGAAUCGACCACUGCGAGAGUAAUACAACUGUCUGUUGAAAUUGGCAAAUUCGAAUAGAUUAGAAGGAGCCAAGCAUAUAUGUUUACAUUGCAUUAUUUGACGACAAAACUGCAUUGUUUUAGUUUUUUACACCGAACCAGCCACGCAGGCAGAAGCCUUCAUGCCAGGGCACCGCGGCUGCUAUGAGGGCUUAAAGAAACUUUGUUGAUCCGAUUUUUGAACUGCCUCAACUUAGUAGUACUGAAAAAGGCUUGCUCACGGAGAUUCUUCCACAAUCUCGAUACCCGAAUGGCGGUCGUAUCGGCCAGUUGUGGACGAAGUUCGACACGGUUAGAAUGGGAGGCCAAAGUUCUGUCUGGUCUGUCUGGCAGGCACUUUGCGCGGCGCUUCAUGGACAAGAGUUCUGAGGAGCAAAGCCUGUUUGCGUAGCUAGAGCCGGUGCGAAAGGGUCCCGAGACUGUAAAAGAUAACACUAAAAAUACGAAUUUGAUGACAGAAGUGUAAAAAAAUUAUGUCAAACCCACUUGUAGUAUGCACUAUCAUCCUGACUAAAGUUUGAGAUUUUGGAGUCAAACAAAUCGUUGGCUUGAUCUUCCUAGCUAGUCUGAAUCCGUUAGUUGCAACUGUAUCCCAGUUCGCAUUUGACAACCUGGUCACCACUGUGGCCGCCAGAUGCCGCCGAUUCUGGUGAUAUAGGAGAUAAGAUCGACUCGCCAUUGAACAAACUAGUAGUACAGCAUGCAGCAGAAAGUUUAUUCAAUGGAGAGUAUACUGUAUCUACUAGAGCAGCUGAAUCAGCGGACUUUGAUACGGUUCUCACAGAGAGCUUGCUAUUUAACUCUCUAUUCUGGUAAUUGAUGGCACUUUGUGCUGUCUUAUUUAGAAUGAUAAUGAUUUCCACCGUUGACUAACAUAUUCAAUCAGAAAUUACCCAACCUAAUUGAAAGCUGUACUUGCGUGAAAGUAAACAGACGUACUGUGGCGCGGCCUCUUAUGCGUACGACUAAAAACGUAAUGAUGACUGUCUGUAGGUGUCUGUGCUGUGAUCUCUCGGACUGUUGCCCAGGUUGAUAAACCUAUUUUUCCGUCGUCAAGAUAUUCUGAGAAAAUUAAAUUUUAGAAAUAAUCAAGAUGGAAGUAGAUUAGUGAUCUCCCUAGAGGAUGAUUUUCAUGUUUAAGAAUGAAAUAAACUUCUAAGGGAUUUACAAAGAUCCAAAUAUAGUACGGGGUUGGUUCUUGUUGAAUACGUUAAUCAAUGAUCAUAGGUAAUUUUUGUUAGUUUAUCGAACUAACAAAGUGCAAAAUCUCCAUAUUUUGAGCAAAAAAUUAUAAGGAUUUUUUGAACAUAUUAUGGAGACCGAAUUUCAACACCUGUUAAACAAGCGAGCACCCUCUAAACUAAACGGUUCAGUGUUGUCGAUUGUUAAGUACUCCCAUUAUGACUCCUUUAGUUUUAGCUUUUAUUGUUAGAUAUUAUGCUUUGUGUUUUACAAAUAAAUGUGUGGUAUUAUUGUACAUUUCGUAUCAGACAGAUUCCAGUAGUAUAUAUUUAUGCAUUUAUAUAUGUGAGUUUACUAUAGAGGAGACAAGACUUCAGUAGAUUUAUCUGUUACUUCCAUUCCACCUAUCCAUAAAAGAUAGUCUGCCUUUGGUACUUUAUACUUCCCACGCUGCUGGCGAGGGAUUAUUGCAAUCGCGAAAAAUUUCGUAAAUGAGACAUGUAUAGGCAGCAGCGGUCUCUUGAUCAGUCGCCGUGCGCUGUGCGGGUUCGAAUCCCGUUCCAAGAGAAAUUUUUCUCUUGGCUAUGGAUGUUGUGAUUGUCCGUAGGUGGUAGACGGUCUCUGACUGUCGAAUGCAGAGAUACCACCUGGCGAAUCUGGUAGGCGGGGCCAGAAUGUGUGCAUGUUGCAUUCUCACGUGUUCCCCCCCUUACCCCUGUAUCCCCCUAUAGCAUCACGGUACCCCAUGGGUGUUUAAGCUUUAGGCCUUCGUGGUGGUUGGAGUAUAAAAAAAAUGUACAUCACGAAAAACCAUUUCACUCAUUUUUCUUGUCCAUCAGUCUGUCCGUUCGCUAAUCCUUGGCCCACGAAAAACGUGGAAAGUACCGCUCGGAUUUUGUUGAAAUUUCCACUCAAGGUUAUUACUUUGCCAAGGACGAAAAAGCAUUGGUUUUUGAAAAUCGGUUCAGUGGCGGCGGUGCUAGGAGCAAAAGACGAAAAAAAUUGCUUAAACAUCGUUUUUUGACGUUUCAAAGGUCCCUGAAGAUUUCAAGAAGAAUUUUUAUAGGGGGUGGAAAGGGGGUUGAGUGUUAUAGGGGGUUGUCGGGUAGGGGAGGUUAUGACUCUAUUUUCGGGCGUAAAUAUGUUAGUUCAGUUUACCCAUGGAGCGUCCAGAAGAUUUUCUCAGGGGGCGAUGAUCGGCAAAAUACAACAUUUUGUGAAAGUGUAGGGUGGGUAGCAAAUAUUCUCAGUGGGGACCACAUCCUAAAAGAUUCCAAAAUGGUACAAAGAAUCAUGCUAUUUAGCAUGAAAUAAAAUAAUCUUAAUAAGGGAGGCUCCCCUGAGACAUUAUUAUACAUAUUUCACAUAUCGUAGAUUUUCCCUUACGUUUGCCUCAGUGUGGUGUGUCAUGCGAGUUUUUCCGGGUCACCGAUUUUUUUGUAGAUCUAACGAUUUCAGUUCUACGGAAAUACCUAUUUUAAUGCGAAAUCUGACGAUAAUUUUUUAAAACUCUGCGAUAGUAUAUUUCUGAUAUACCAUAAUUCAACGAAACUCAGGAAUAGUGCACCUUGCCACCCCGCUCCUCAACUUUGGAUUUGGUGCACCCCUGCGCUCGAAAUUUUCAAUUACAGACACAUUUUUGUUGUAAUGUUUACCGAAAUCUACCGUAAAAUUUCGCACAAAUCUACCGAAAAUAGAUCGACUAUACCUAAUUUCUACCAUUAUCGAAUGGGUGGGGACACUGGGGACUAUGGACGAAUUGGUAUGAGCCUCUUUGUCUGACUUGAUCUAUUUAAUUUUUUUAUUAUAAAUAUUCGUCGCGAACAUAAUACUCUAUGAACUGAUGACAGCAUUGAUGAUGACAACCUACUUGACGCCAUUUUUUUAAUCAGACAUUACUACUCUCUCCUUCCGUCAAUUCUGAAUAUUGCUCAGUAUUUGUUUUUGAGACUGCAGGAUGAAUCUACUGGAACAUCAGUUUUGUCUAUAAACUCCCAGAGAUCCUUUAUACAGAUUACGCAGUUUUUUUAACCUAGUAUGAUUUUAAAAAAUGAAUUGUGAUAUUUUCUAGUCUUAAGGAAUUACAACACCGCAUCAAACAAUAUUAAACUAAUAACAGAUAUUUUUUGGCAACUCAGUGGUCCAUUUAUAGAAAUGCAUUUUGAUUUUAACAGUUAUUUCCAUUCUUCAAUAUCUGCAAAUAUUUACAGAAAAUUGAUUAUAGUUACCUAAAAAACGAAUAAUUAUUGUGAUGGUAAAUUUCAAUAAAUGGACAAUGUUGGUUGGAUUUCAAAAUCAAGGGAAAUAUAUAGCUCUAUUGGUUGAGAUAUCUAAGAAAAUUGUAAUCAAAUCAGAUUGAAUAUUUUUAACUUUUUCAUUAGAUAUGUGAGUGCGUGAGUGAAGAAACAUAGGUAGCUAAAACCUAUUUAUACCCUUUAAUAUUCAGAUAUACUACUGUAUUUAUUUUGUUUAAAUACUUGCCACAUAGUCUGGGCUAUAUCUUCGCAUCUGAUGGGACAAAUAUUCUAAUUCGCAUUGUUCGCAUAAUCUCAUUCAAAAUGGUCCCCUUUAACAAAUCUACAUAUUGCCAGACCCAAAUUUGCUUCAAGGGUGUUUAAACAAAUUUCAAAUAUUAUUUAUUUUUGCUCUGGUCAGUGUUUUUUAGGUUUUUUAAGAUAAUCUGACCAAAAAACUGUCAACUAAGAAAGGUUCUCUAUCACCUUUUUUUGUUCAGAAUGUCGCAAAAACCCUAAACAAUCUUUGACGAAAGUAAAAAGACAAUUUUUGAAAUAUGUCUAAAACAUUUUUGUCGAAAAUUUGGGCCCGGCAACAUCCAGAUUCGUUGAUAUUAUGAAUUAAUGAGAUGUAAAAAAUUCGAUUCGGAGUAUUUUCAUAUCAGAUGCAAAAAUUAUCGCAUGGAAGUAAUCAGGAGACAAAACUUCUAAGGUUGUGUAUUAAGAUUUGAUUUUUUGUUCAAUUCUACUGUAGAUAAUUGUAUAUAAAAGCUUGUUCUGUUCGUCCAGGAUAUAUAUUAUGUGUAUGAUUUUAAUUCCCAAUUCAAAUAAUUAAUACAAAAUUGUGUUGGAAGGUAAUAAAUAAUAUUAACGUAAAUAAAAAGGAAGCAUAUACGCGCCAUGCUUUGUAGAUUUUUUAUGUAUAGUUCAAUGUAUAGUUAGAAGAAUAUGGCAAUUUUAUUGUGUAAAAUUAAAGGAGUGACUGUUAUAUGAAUCAAACGUGUCGGCACUUCUAGGGUUUCAUAUUUUAUUUUUACAAAAAUAAAAUAUUUUGAUUUA